AUGCACCUCUCUUGCCAGGGAGCCGAGCUCAGUGUACCCGGCUCUGGAUUCCACUAUGUGGCACUCUUAUGCUCCCUCAAGGCUUUCAGCACCGUUGGACAGGAUGAAAACGGCGGCGCCCAGCUCUCCAGCCCCAGAACUCUUCUCGGUGCGCCCCGCCGCAAUUGGUGGAGAGGAGCCUACGUCACGCCAGCCGUGAAAGGGAGGGCUUGUGACGCAAGAUCACCUCAGCGCGCGGAUUGGCUUCUUCGAGGCUGGAGCACAGUAGAGACUGGUGUGGAGUCGCUGCUGCACCGGGAGCACCACUGUAGGUCCCUGCCCCGCAGCCGAGGCCACCGCUGCCGCCUGUGUCGCUGCCGCGGGACUGGUUCCCCCAUGGAAGUCACAUACAGGAACAUGAGAUUUCUUAUUACACACAAUCCAACCAGUGCAACCUUAAACAAAUUUAUAGAAGAACUUAAGAAAUACGGGGUUACUACAAUAGUAAGAGUAUGUGAAGCAACCUACGACACUGCUCUUGUGGAAAAGGAAGGCAUCCAGGUUCUGGAUUGGCCUUUUGAUGACGGGUCACCACCAUCUAACUAGAUUGUCGAUGACUGGUUAAGUCUUGUAAACAUUAAAUUUCGUGAAGAACCUGGUUGUUGUAUCGCUGUUCACUGUGUUGCUGGUCUUGGGAGAACUCCAGUGCUUGUUGCUGUCUCACUAAUUGAAGGUGGAAUGAAAAAUGAAGAUUCAGUACAGUUUAUAAGACAAAAGCGGCGUGGAGAUUUUAACAGCAAGCAACUUUUGUAUUUGGAGAGAUAUCGUUCUAAAAUGCGGCUGCACUACAAAGACUCCAGUGGUCAUAGAAACAACAGUUGCAUUCAAUAA